AGAAGUCAGAUAAACAUGGCCGAUUCUAACGACGCCGCGCCGGCCGUGCCGGUCCCGCGUUCAAGCCGCCCGGUCAGCGAAGCUUUGCUUAACGAAAAGUGGGACCGCGCAAUCUCCUCUCUCCUCAUCCGAUCCAGCCUUGGCCUUUCCUUUGGCGUUAUAUUUUCCGUGCUUCUGUUCAAGCGAAGAGCGUGGCCCGCCUGGGUUGGAUUAGGAUUCGGUGCCGGCCGGGCUUGGGAAGAAGCUGAUGCAUCUUUCCGACGAGGAGAUCAGCCCUGGAGGAAAGACGGGCAGCCGUGAAUACCCUCGAAAUGCUCGGUGUGCGAUUCGGUAAGACCGCGAGAAUGAUUACACAGGUGGAAAAUCUGGCCUAUUUGACAGCACUAGCUGUCUAUAGAUCUCUUGCGGAGAAAGAGCUGUACAAUAUCCACUGGUUAUACAAUGCAUAUGGCAAAGGAACAAUCCAUUGUUGAAGAUUUCAAAAAAGAAAAUUAGACCAGACUCUAUACAUUCAGCCUUUUAUCCCAUCUAUA